AUGGGCGCCUCUCAAUCCCAACAACCCCUCUACAACAAAAUCUCUCAUAUUCUCCCUCCAACCCACAGCCGCGAACGCGAUCUCAAUGGCAUCUGGAGAGACGUGAAACCCUUCCGUAAUGAACAAGACCGCGUGCAAUUCAUUCCCAACUACAACAAUAAGAAUGGCAGCAGCAGCAGCAACACCACCACUACAUAUCUCGCAACCCACGAUUUCAACCUGCUCUAUUCGCGCCGACUGAGACCUAAACCCAGCAACAACGACGACGACGACGACGACGACGACGGAGAAGGAGAAGAAGAAGAAGAAGAAGAAUUCAUCACGACACUCAUCUCUAUAAACCCCAGCUCAGGAAUUCUCGAAGCGAAAAUUGAACCUUCUGCAUCAAGAGGAGGAGGAAGAAGAAAAGGAGGCCAAACUCACGAAGAAGCAUUCGCGGCAUUCAAGAAAUAUGUCGAGGUGAUUUUGGGGGAAGUUUUGAAGAGUGUUCCUGAUGCUGUUGCUGCUGCUGCUGCUACCAAUGCUUCGUCUUCACCAUCUGAAAUUGCUAUUGAGCAACAACAACCACCACCAGCUUAUGAGGUAGGGAGAAAUGCGUUGUUUGUUGAAGGAGGUGGUGGGGUAGGGAAAUUUUGA